AUUUUCUGAUAUGAAUUGUAAAUUCUCAGUCAUUCCCAUUGUGGGCAUGGGAGGACUUGGGAAGACAACACUGACUCAACUUAUAUAUAAAGAUCAAAGAGUUUGCGAAUACUUUGAUGUGAAAGGAUGGGUGUAUGUAUCAGUGAAUUUCAAUGUUGUACGCCUGACUAAACUGAUCAUAGAGACAUUGAGCGGCCAACAAUCUUGUGAUUUUUUUGAGCUAAAUGAGCUUCAAUCUGUCCUGAGUGAGAGUGUGGCAGGAAAGAAGGUCCUCCUUGUUUUAGAUGACGUUUGGAAUGAAGAACAGAGCCCUUGGCAGUUGCUGCAAACCCCCUUCGACAAUGCUGACAUUGUUAGGAUAAUUGUGACGACGAGAAAUAGCUCAGUUGCCCAAGUCAUGCAAACAGGAAGAAUUUCACCUUAUAAACUCGGCCUUUUACCUGAAGGGCAAUCUUGGUUAUUGUUCAAACACUAUGCAUUUGCAGGUCAAGAAGUUUCAUCACAGUUUGUAGACAUCGGUAAACAGAUUGUCAACAAGUGUAAUGGCUUACCGUUGGCAGUGAAGGCGCUUGCAGGCAUUCUUCUAUAUGAGACAGAGGAAAGCAGUUGGUGGGAUGUUCUCCAAAGUGAGCUAUGGGAAUUGGAUGAAGCUCAAGCUGAGAUUAUACCUGCAUUGAAACUAAGCUAUAGCCGAAUGCCGUCAUACAUGAAACCUUGCUUCUUGUAUUGUUCAAUGUAUCCAAAAGCUCACUUGUUCAGAAAAGGCAAUCUUAUCAGGCUCUGGAUGGCACAAGGUUAUAUUCGCGUCAAAGGGAGCAAAAUAAUGGAGGAUGUAGGAGAGAAUUACUUCAAUGAGUUGCAGCAGAGAUCAUACUUCCAAUUAUACGAGAACCCACACAUGGGGUUAACUACAGGGAAUGAAGAUGAAUGGUACGUAAUGCAUGAUAUGCUUCAAGAUCUUGCACAGUUAAUAUCAGAAAACGAGUGUUUUUCAAUCGAUAUAAGUGAAAGUCAAGCGGUGGGACAUGUGAUCUCUAACAAAGUUCGGCACCUAAAGGUGACAUAUCCAUCAAAGGUGGAAGCAGAUGCAGAACUAGCAGAGCUUCUAUCAUUGAAGGAAACAAACUAUUUACGAACAUUUGAUUGUCUUGACCUCAAAUAUACUAGCAAAAGUGAAAGUUUGCUUCCCAUGUUUGAACGAUUGAGAGCGCUGGAAUUGCAGCUUGAUAGACCACAUGAUUCAACCACUUGGAUCGGCAACUUCAAGCAUCUUCGACAUCUUUCUGUGAAAAGCAAUAUAAUUUGGGAUGCAUUGCCACAGCUUGUAUGUCAGUUGUAUAACCUGCAAACAUUGGACUUAAAGAACUGUGUUCUUCAAGAGAUGCCGAGUGAAAUUGGCAAUCUAAUUAACUUGAGAUGUCUUGCUCUUUCUUCAUUUUCUGUAGUUCAGUUGCCUGAAUCGAUAGGCCACCUUCACAAUUUGCACACUUUGGAUGUGCAAUCAUGUUACAACCUUCAAGAGUUGCCUCAAGGGAUAUCAAACCUUGUAAAAUUACAAUACUUGUUCAUCCCCAGUGGAGCUAAACUACCUCAUGGGAUUGGGAAACUAACUAAUCUUGAAACUCUGGUUUACUUCAGAGUUGGAAGAGCUGAUCAAAUUGGAAAGCAUUGUGGUAUUGAAGAGUUGAAGAACUUGGUGAAUAUCAAAGGAAAGCUUUGCAUAUCAGAGCUCGAAAAACUGGUUUCUGUGGAUAGUGUCAUUGUAGGAAACCUUAAAACCAAGUGUAAAUUGAAGGAUCUGAAGCUGAACUGGGGUUGUCCUCAGCAUCCAGAUGAGGAUAAUGUAUGCAGUGAAGAGAUGAAUUUUUUAGUGCUGGAGAGACUACAACCACACUACAACAUCUCAAGCUUGGAAAUAGAUGGUUACAAAGGUUGUGAUUUGCCUGCAUGGCUUGGUGAUCCAUCCUUCUCCAAAUUAACCAGCAUUGACUUCAGUUCCUGCAAACAAAUACAAGAUUUCCCUUGGUUAACAGCAAGACUACCUUCUCUCACUUCUCUUUCUCUUUAUAAAUUUGAAAAAAUGAAAUCAGUUGCUCAUGAAGGAGAGGUUUCAUUCCCUGCACUUGAGGUGUUGUCCUUCUCAAACAUGCAGGAAUGGGAAAGCUGGAGUUCAGUUAUGGAUAAAGUUUUUCCGAAGCUAAAGAACCUCAGCAUUCAAACAUGCCCAAAGAUAUGUCAACUUCCAUCCUUUGAAUCACUUGUUACUCUAACUCUUUCAAAUUGUGAGAACCUGAGGGAUGUGACUGUGCACCAUGAUGCUGCUUGUCCAUCCAGGCUUAAUGAACUCUUCAUAAUCAAUUGCAGACAGCUUUCAUCACUCUUGGGCAUGAAAUAUCUUAAUUCUCUCACACAAUUGACAGUAGAAACUUGUCCUGAGCUUCAGUUCCUACCUGAUGAUUGCCUGCCUGUCUUGCCCAAAUAUGUACAAAUUUGUGAUGGGAAAGGUCCCAAGCACUGGUGCCAUCUUCAUGGAUUUCAGUACAAGCAGUUUUGCAGAUUUGAUCCCAUCCAAAGGAUGAAGUAAAAGCUGAAGGAAUAUAGCAGAUAUUUUUUUUUUUAAUUUGCUUGUG